AAAUGCCAGAAUUUUAAGGGUAUAGCACUGUCAUAAUGCUGCUGUUCAGCUGUGGAGUGCACUUGUUCAGGAAGAAUGAAACUUUGGAGGCACCUGAAUUCUGUGUGAUUUGGAAGGGGUUGUUGGUGUGUUGGGAGGGAAAGGAGAGGCUGAAAGUGCAAAACUCCCUGUGCUAAAUUCAGAUUUAUAGCUAAGAAUACAAAUGAAUAAUGACCAGAGUCGCCGACAUAAUUGGUGUCUGAACUCGGGAUGGGAGCUUAAGAGUUUUAGAACUUCAAUGUCUUGCUGAUUUACUAUAUAAAUGGUUAGUACAGAAAUUUGUACUUCGUUCGUGACAUCUGUAGGAAUUCUGGGCUGAUUUGUAAUUUAUAUACUAUUCUGGUGGGGAAAGUGUCGUACAGUUGCAGAUCUCCUUUUUGUAUGAGUAAGCACUUAUUCCUGUAGUUUUCGAUAAAUCUCACUGCUGGGCUAUUUUUCCCAGCUACUGUGUUUCUAGAAUGAGCCAGGUUGGGCUUUCCUUGGCCAGUGGUUUUUUUUGCCAGAAUCUGUAACCAGUCGUUAGCAUGUUACCUAAUGUAAUUAUGGAAAAUAGCAUGGCUGCUACUUUCAGUAGCAGUAGCCUUUCCUUUCUACCUCCUGAGGACCAAAGAAGAAUUGUAGCAUGUGACUAAGAUUAAAAAAAAAAAAUCAGAGCCACAAAAAAUGACUCAUUUAUAGAUGUGGAAGUUUGUGGCGUUUCUCCUGACUAAAUAAAUCUUAUCUUGGUCUCAUGUUACAAAGUUCCCAUGCUUUAGCUGUGGCAACAGUAAUGAAAGCCCAGCAGGUUGAGUGGCAGGUGAGCCUUUCUGUGACUGUCUGACCUUCCAUAACCAGCCCUGUGUAACUGCUGAGGCUGACCCAUCUUCACAGCAUUCUGUGCAGGAUGACAGCUGGGAGCAUGCUGUCGAGCUGGGCCCUUGGUGCUGGUCUGCUUAGGGUCACCUGGGAACAUCACCUCUGCCCUGGCACCACGGAGUAGCUGCUCACAUCUGUCAGAGUUCACAGACACUGUGGGACUCUGUGAAACUAUCUUAGAGCAUGGACACCAGUAAGAAGUCAGAACCCCCUUUAUCUGUAGAAAUGGUACAACAAAGAGCCAAUCCUGACCGCAGUCCUUCAGCAUCGAUUUAUGUUCCAGAGCAAGGUGGCUACAAAGAGAAAUUCGUAAAUGCCGUGGAAGAUAAGUAUAAAUGUGAAAAAUGUCGCCUCAUCUUAUGCAAUCCUAAACAGACUGAAUGUGGACACAGAUUCUGUGAAACCUGCAUGAAUGCCUUGCUAAGUUCUUCUAGUCCAAAAUGUACAGCGUGUCAAGAAAGCAUAGCAAAAGAUAAGGUAUUUAAGGAUAAUUGUUGCAGGAGAGAACUACUUGCCCUUCAGAUAUACUGCAGAAAUGAAAACAAGGGCUGUAAGGAACAACUAUCUUUGGGUCAAUUACUGAUGCAUUUGAGAACUGAUUGUCAGUUUGAAGAACUCCCAUGUCCUCGUGCUGAUUGCAAAGAAAAAAUACUGAGAAAAGACUUGCCGGACCAUGUAGAGAAGACCUGUAAAUAUCGGGAGACAACCUGUAAAUACUGUAAAAGCCAAGUCCCAAUGAUUAUGUUGCAGAAACAUGAAGAUACAGACUGCCCGUGUGUCAUGGUUUCAUGUCCUCAUAAAUGCAGUGUUAAAACACUCAUGAGGAGCGAGUUGAAUGCACAUUUGUCAGAAUGUAUUAAUGCCCCAAGUACCUGUAGUUUUAAGCGUUAUGGCUGCACUUUUCAGGGAACAAACCAACAAAUUAAAGCACAUGAAGCCAGCUCAGCAGUGCAGCAUGUUAACUUAUUGAAAGAGUGGAGCAAUGCUCUAGAAAAUAAGGUGGCCUUGCUCCAGAAUGAAAGUUUGGAAAAGAACAAGAGUAUACAAACUUUACAUAAUCAGAUUUGUAGCUUUGAAAUAGAAAUUGAAAGACAGAAGGAAAUGCUGCGGAAUAAUGAAUCUAAAAUACUUCAUUUACAGCGAGUGAUCGACAGCCAAGCAGAGAAACUCAAAGAACUGGACAAAGAAAUCCGUCCCUUCCGACAGAACUGGGAGGAGGCUGACAGCAUGAAGAGCAGUGUGGAAUCCCUCCAGAACAGAGUGACUGAGCUGGAAAGCGUUGAUAAAACUGCAGGGCAAGGAGCUCGGAAUACAAGCCUGCUAGAGACACAGCUGAGCAGACACGAUCAGAUGCUGAGUGUUCAUGAUAUCCGGCUGGCUGACAUGGACCUCCGAUUCCAAGUUCUAGAAACUGCGAGUUACAACGGAGUGCUGAUUUGGAAAAUCCGAGAUUAUAAACGUCGGAAGCAAGAGGCAGUCAUGGGGAAGACUCUGUCCUUGUACAGCCAACCCUUUUAUACUGGAUACUUUGGCUACAAGAUGUGUGCCAGAGUUUACCUUAACGGAGAUGGCAUGGGAAAGGGGACGCACUUGUCUCUGUUCUUUGUCAUAAUGCGUGGUGAAUACGAUGCUUUGCUUCCUUGGCCGUUCAAACAGAAAGUGACUCUCAUGCUAAUGGAUCAGGGACCGUCUCGGCGCCACUUAGGAGAUGCUUUCAAGCCAGAUCCAAACAGCAGCAGUUUCAAGAAGCCAACUGGAGAAAUGAACAUUGCAUCUGGCUGCCCAGUCUUUGUGGCUCAAACUGUUCUAGAGAAUGGAACGUAUAUUAAAGAUGAUACUAUUUUUAUUAAAGUCAUAGUGGAUACAUCGGAUCUACCAGACCCCUGACAUACAAUGGGGGAGGCAGAUUAAACAGAAGGCAACUCCGUUUGGGGGUUUUGUAUCAGUUUGUCUUCAAUCAGAGGUCCUAAAGCUCACAGAACCACCUUGUGGAACAGACGGAAGAGUUUGAAGGCAUAACUGCAUAGGGUCCAAUUGCGAAAGUAGCAACACAUUAAGAAAUCAUACCAUGGUAUAUUUUUUAAUAGAACUAGCAACACUUGAGCUCUGAAGAAUCACUUAUCCCUCAUGAGGAUAAUGAUUAUGGUCAGAGAGGAUUUUUUUUAACUUAUUAAUGAUCUAGUCAAUUGGAGGUGAAAAGACAUAUACAGUAUGUGCUGAAUCAGUUACUGACUUUUAUUUCUUUUAAGCUAGAAUACAAAAAAACCUUCACACGUGGGCUAGCUGGAAAUUGUCAGCAUGUUAAAAGAAGAAAUGAUGAAGUAAUGUUGCAAUUAUGAUAUUCUUUGAAAAACUGAGGUGCAAUCUUGUCUGAAAUAUAGUAUAUUGUCUUUUUAAGGCCUCAUCUGGUCUCUGUUUUAAUAAUUACUUUGUCAGAAGAUCUUGGAAAAGUAUCCAUGUCUUCUCAAAAGUAUCUGAAUCAAAAUCAUAUUUUUAUUUAAAGUUCUAUUGUUACAGAAAACAUUUUAUUUUAAAACUGUUGAUAGACUGAUAUUUCUUGGAAGAAAAAUAGAAGAUAUCAAACACUGGUUAUCACUUGUGAUAGGAAAAAAAAACUAUUCAAUUCUGUUAUUUCUCUUUAGAAAUGUAAACCUACAAUAUAUGUCGUAGUUAAUGACACUAUUUCAAAAUUAAGGAAAAAUCACUCAUGGAUGCUGUGCAUCAUUAUCAGAUUUAUAAUUGUUUUCACCCUAAAAUAGGGCAUUUGUUGAACUUUGGAGUUCUAAACGGAAUCCUGUACAUUUUUUAAAGUUCUGCCCCAUGCUUUCCAAUCAAGCUAUAUAUGUUGCACAUUAUGCUGUCAGCAGUAUAUAGUAUUUUCAGUAUUGGGGAGGAGGAUUAGUGCUGAAAAAAGCCUCUAUGUUUGUUCUGUACUAGCAGCCAUUGCUUCAAGACAAACCAGCAAUGUCUUAAUACAGUGAUGGUGGCUUGCAUGCAUACAUGUGCCUUAGAUGUGCUGUGCUGCUUAUAAACCAUAGCUUUUUAUUCAGAUUAAUUCUGAUAUCUGAAAUGGUAGUUUAAUUGGACUUCAGGCAUAAUGUUUAGCCUUGUCUUCAGAGCCCUUAGGUACCUUGCAAUGUACAGAACAGAAGCCAAAGCCCGUUCCUUUGGCUUCUGGAGCUUCUAUGACUUGGCCAUGGUGGAAUCCAUCUUAUUCAGGUGUCAAAACGUUAUGCUCAGUGCUCCUAUGGAGCUUGGACUAGACAGUCUCCAUGGCCACUGUGAAGGCAGGCAACAUUUUUCCUCUAAUGCCUGUGGUUGUAAGGUGGCAUCACUUGAAAUGAACCCAUCUGAGAACUCUGGGGCUGUGAAUAUUGAUGCUUGUGACAGCUUCUCAUAGCAGACAAGCAUCCUAAUGGGGAAUGCACGGGCUUCUUUCUUGUAACAGCCUGAACUGUAGUGGAAAGCAUUUGCUUGCCCUGAAACAUGCUGAUUGCAACCUGCUGUGUUCAUCUGCUUCUGUUUAAUAGCCUGUGACAAGCGAGUCUAGAGGCAUAGCCUGACUGUGGUGCUCUUUAAAACCCACAAACUGCUUAAGCAGAGUGGACUUGCACCACCAUGUUUUCAGCCUUCAUGGGCUUAGAAGAAAACAUUGCAUCUCAGCCUCUACUGUCAGGUUGUAUCAGUUUUCUGCUUUUUUGAGGCAUAGUCACAAUUUUUGUCCAAGGUGCAGUUGAAUUCAUGCCUUUGUAUUUCAGCUUGUCUUUGCCGUUGUCUUUUUUGGCUGUGCCUUCACACACAGUGCCUGCAAGAAGUAUUUAUGGAUAUACAAUGCAUGCUAAGUGGUCUUCAUGGGUUUUCCAGGCACCUGCUAGAAUACUGCCUGCUGCUGACCGUCCAGGCUGUCAGCAGCAACUCGUCUUCCUUUUCUUGCCUUCCAUUGUCCGGGUACUGUACUCCCUUUAUGGUACGUAGCUGUCAACAGGUGCAAGCUCAAAUAUGGAGGCACGUGCUGGCAUUUAAUUUCUAGCACGGAAGGAAGGAGGAUGUUCUGCACAAGAGACAAAUAUCUAUAGAUAUACCCACACCUAUAUCUCUAGAUAUAAUUGUAUGGCACUUGCAGUUUUAUGCAGGCUGCAUAAGCAAACCCAUCACUUACGCUUUAGGGCGAAGGUUCGCUCGACUUGUGUCAUUUUAAUAAUUGUGAAUGUAGGCAGCUGAGCUUUUGUGUUUGUGCAUCACAGAAUUUUACUGAAAACAGGAUUCCCAAGUGGAAAUGUCCAAAGGACUCUCCUCCCAUUGCUAAUGCAUGUCUUGUAAACUUAAAUGAAACCGUUUGGCCAUCUCAAAACAGUUUAUAUCCUGUUUCGAUCUGGGACUUGGAGGAGAUUUCUAGUAUAAGCAGGGCCCAGAAUAUUCUGCAGAUUUGUGACUACAGUUUCCAACUCCUGUGACAGAAUUGCGCUUCUAAAUCCAGGCUCUUUAAAAGAGGAGGAAAAAAAGCAUUUCCAGCCUUGGUGAUUGAAAGAGGACUUUGAAACAUGCGAAUGUGUAAACCAAUAGGGAAGUCUUCCUGAGUCUGCACACAGCCUAAACUAGUAGCUUUAAGAGAUCUGAAUAUCUCGUCUUGGUGGGAUAUUGACUCAGAAACUUCAUAGAGAAGUUUAAAUAUGAACACUGCUAACUAUCUUAAUGCCGAUCACUGUAGCAGAAACAUCAGUCACUGUUGUAUUUCACAGAUCUCUAUGCUGCUUUCCACAUCUCCCAAGUGCCAAAAGCACCAGCUGCCAGAAUCUUCAGCUUCACUUGGGCAGCUUUUAUAAUGCAGUAAUGUGCUAUCAAUAUAAAAAUAUUUUUGCAUAUAUGCUUUUUAUCACAGUUAAUAAAAUGGAGGCCUACUGCACUUAUUUUUUAAAACUACAUGAAGCUGCCAGAGAAUUUCCAGUUUGCCAACCCUGCGUACUGUGAAAUCCGGGAUCUUGCUACACAAAUGUAGACACCGCCUGCUGUGGAAUACCUGAAGCCUUGACUGUAACACCCCUUUCUCCGCAGAACUCGUGGGCCAUCUCUGUAGAGUUCUUACUGUGUACAUAGAAAUCGGUUUCCUCUGCUUUCCAGCAAGGAGUAUGUAGCAUUUUGUGAAAACAAGGCCACUGUAUAUUCUCUAAGUUGAAAGGAAAAGAUACCUGGUGCUUUAGUCAACACUUUAAAUUAUUUAACUGUUUCUCUCAUUGCUGAAAUGCCCUUUUAUCCUUUUUCUCUUUGUUCUUGAGUAAGAUAUCCAAAGUUUUCUAGGGACUGUCUGUUUAAAGUGAUUCAUGGGGCAACAACCUGCCCUCAUGUAUGCUCUUGAAUCCUGGCUAACUCCUGGAGUGUGCCAUUAUUGCAAGGGGGUCUCAGAGUAUUUGCAUUACUUUGAACAGAGUUUCUUCAAUGGAACCCUUUUGUCUUCUGCUUAGUAAUUCUUAGCAGCACACAACUGAAGUCUCUUGCUGGUAUUCUUUCUCCACCAUGAUGCUCGAAGUUACAUUCUCUAGGGAGAUUCCAGUGUGUGACAAUCGGUUUGUUGCCCUUUUUGUACACUCUCAGCACAGGGUGAGUGCAUCUGUUACCUAGAAAGUCUUGAAUUCUAAACAGGAUGAAACUAUUUGGGUGUUUAAAGACCAACCUGUGAUUAUGAUGCAGCACCAUGUCUGCAUUACUUCUCCGAACUAAUUAAUUGGGGUCUUGUUUCAGUUACUGUCUACAUGGUACACCUUCAACUGCUGACUUACAAUAUGCAAUGUUGAUUUCAGCCAUGUACUGUAAAUGUUGUUCUUCACAAAGAGAAUGUGCAAUAGGAAAAGGGAAUGGUGGGUAGUAUAAUUUUGAUGGAAAAAACAUGCUAGCUUUCUUAAAAAUACAAAAAAAUAUGAAAUGCAGCUUAUUUCCUUUUCCUGUGGUGUUUUCUACUUGGAAAAGGAAAGAUGAAGAUAUGUGCCUGUUUCUGUGCCUGGUGAAUUUCUCAAAUGCAAAGGUAAAAGAGGUUUGUGUUAUCUGGAAUUUAAGUGCUGAACCCAUCUUAGGUUGUGAUUGUAUUGCUCCUGUUUCCUCAGCUGGCCACAAUUAUGGCUUGUUGAGAUGGAGUUUAAAAGCUACCACCUAUUUGUAUCUAUGUUCCAUCACCUGGGAUAGGCAUUUCACCAACAGUGCAGGGUUUCUGUUGAUAUUUUGUUUAGUUUUUAAAACACUGGUGCUGUUUGGUCCAAGACAGAGAAACGUGUAGGGAGUGACAGAAAUGUUGCCUGCACUGUAGAAGAGUGAAAAACGUGACUGCAGUAUUGAUGCCUUGAUAUGAUUUAACUAUGCAAAUAUACAAAUAGGUGAAGGGGGGGAAAUUCUUGGGUUGCAUAUGUAAUCUCUUAGUUUUUGCUCUGUGAAUUACUUGUAUGUGUGUAGGUACAUCCAUAUACACACGGACAUGCAUGCACAUGUAUAUGCAAAGUCUUUUCUUUAUGUAGAAGUGAUGAAACAAAACCCUUUCCUCCAAGUUUUACUUGAUCAAUUGGUGCAAAUGUAACUUGCUGCUGCUAAGGGAGGAUCUUGGCUAAGGGCAAACUUUGGUUUCUUAUCUUUCAGGUUUGAAGACCUGUAUGUAGCAAAAACUGUUUAGCCUUUCUGAAGACCUUGAAAUGUAAUUAAGGACGUAUGUUCUUCCUCAUGCUCUGAUAAUUUGGAGAUUCCUGUAUUUUAAACAACCAUAGUGAUGGGCAACUUUUUAAUUGCAAAUUUUUUCCUCUAAUUUAGAAACAAAAGAUGAUAAAAAGCAGCUGGACCUCUUCCUGGAAUUCCUAUUCUGUUCAGUCAAUACCUUUAUAUUCUGGUUGACCUAGAAGUCAUAGCUGCUGCAAUAAAAAUGAUUGGUUUGGCAAUUUAAUCUGUCUGAGAAUAGUUUUUAAUACUGUGUACAGUGCAUAGCAAGUGCUAUUUGUCUUUUCUGGAAAAAAGGAAAUCAAGGAUGAGAUGUGAAGUGACUUGUCCAGAGUCACAAAAGGAAUCUCCUGGAGCUGGGACUGAAUGAGAGGUUUUCCAGGUCCCUAGUGUUAUCUCCAAAUCACUAGGGUUUACUUUCUUAAUACAUUUCUCCCUUAAAGGAACCGAAAAACAAGUUGACAUACACUGAAGACCCACAUCAGGACAGUAAGGGCUAGAAUAAACAUACAAGCUGUCAUGAUUUGGGGUUGUGCAUGUGUGGUGGCCCAGACAUGAGUUGCUCUUUGGCAGUGCUUUGACAGCCUGCAGAGUGGAAGGCCAGCACAGCAUGUCAGUGUGAAUAAUAGCAGCAAAUGUGUGUCCUGCUCUGUUUGUUCAGAAUAACCUAACAAAAGAAGUCUCGUUUGAUGCUCCUCUUAACUGAGGAGGGAGAAUACCAUUUUACAGUGAAGUGGGUUCAUCUUUGUUCUACCAGUCAGUGUGACUGACCAUUUCUUUCUUGUGGGGCUUUCUCCCUUUUUCUGUAAACCAAAAUCUAGAGGGCUUAAUUGUUCUUUCCUGCCUCUUAAUCCAGGCCUUUGCUGAGAAGCACCAGAUAGGAAGGUGGUGGAAAACUUGGGACUGUUGAUUCAGGGAUAUCCUCUUAAGAUUUAGAAGAGUAGAGAUAUACAACACAUAAGGGAUCUGACUAUUCCUGUUUCUCUUCUAAUUUAUGGUCAAGACUGCAGCUUCUGUCUUCCAUUUCAUGAUGUUAGUGUAGAUGAUGUAGGCUGUGUUUUUUCAUUUUUUUCCCCUCCAAGUUAGGAUUAGUUCCUUAGGGUUCAAAUAAGUUCUAAAUUUCACAGAGAAGCACCUGAACCAAAACCUUGGAUCCAAACAUCCCAGACUUUACGUGGAAUUCAAAUCUGGAUCCCAACUCUGUGGCUUACUAACCUACCCAUUUGGGGAAGGGUUUGUUGUCUCUAUGUGGUGUUUGUGUUCUUGGUCCUUUGGAACUAAGCUUUUAAUUUGGUUGCCAGUUCUGCAAGGACUUUUUAACUUCUUAGGAAUGCCGGUGUUCACACGCUCCAUUGCUGGCAGUGUGAUGCGUAGUGAUAAAAUUUGACUCUGUCUAAGGGUUACUGAGAUAAACCAGCAUUAUCAUUCGUAAAGGUCAUUUUCUUGCGUAGUGUUCCGAGCUUUGUAUUUGAAUAUAGCUCACACCUGAGAGGACACAUAUUCCAACUAUGACCUGCAUCACUGGCAGAGAGUUGUGUAAUCUGUACUUGUGGAAUGGGAAGGUACAAGCUUCCAUCGUUGCUGAUGCAUCGUGUAAUCCACCUGUUUUGUUUUUCUUAUAGCUGUUGUCUGGUUUAUACUUUUUUUUUUUUUCAGUUUUAUAGAAACAAAUAUGGGGACGUUCAGGAUUUUUUUCUACAAGGUAUAAAACUCCAAUGAAUUAGUGGUGACUAGAGAGCUGUGAAAAAUACCCCAUUAGGAGAUGAUGGGCUAAGUGUAGGUCCAUUUCUCUUAGACAAGUAGGAUAACCUUUAAGAUGCAUGGAACAACAUAAUCAGGAAAACUAAAGCUGAAAUUUGUUUCCAAGAAAUUCUGUAAGAACUAUCUAUGGAAAAGACAUCAAUGAUUGAGAAUAAUGUACAAAUUAAUGUGUUUGAAACUUGUGUAUCCAUUUCUUUAAUCUCAUACUCUUCAGUGAACGGUACACUUGUGUUCAGUUUUAUGAUCAAAAACAAAGACCAAAGAAGGCCAGCCUCAUUUGAUUGUGUAUAUUCUGCCUGUCUUAAUUAUCAAUAGCUGUAAGGAUACAGUGCAAGUGAUCUGGUAACCAGUGGUUCUCGUCCUUUUCUUUUAGGGGGAAAAACAACUUUAAAAUGUAUAAUUUAUUGCUCAGCAAUAACCAUGUUGUUAAAAUAAUAAUAAAAAAAGGAAUUAGCAACAUGUCUUAAUUUCCCAAUAGCAUUAUUAUAUGUUGUAUUUCAGUUUACUGUAUAUUGUGUUUUUGUAUUUAUUUGUGUUUGGAGGUCUUGCUAUGUCUUUUUGUGUUUAAAUGCUAAUAAACAAGGACAGUGUGUAAGAGUGUAGAAUGCCGAACUCUGAAAUGCUAAACUGUGUUAUUAAAGGAAAAAUAAAUAAGUAGGAAAUCAUAUUUUUUAAAAAAAA